UAGUUUGAUAAAGAUCCUGCUUGGAAUGAACUAAAACCACGUAAUUACGUAGUACAGUACUGCGUAAACCCGAGUGUCCCUGUUCGGUUGACUGGGAAGCCCCUAGUGCGGAGCUGCCAACGCCCGACGUAAAGACACAAAUAUCAGCUACGGUGUUGAAUGAAUAGUGAACCCUGUACAAGAGCGAUAUGCAGACCAUUAAGUGUGUCGUAGUUGGGGAUGGUGCGGUGGGUAAAACCUGCCUGCUCAUCUCUUACACCACAAACAAGUUUCCCUCUGAAUAUGUACCUACAGUGUUCGAUAAUUAUGCCGUAACUGUAAUGAUUGGAGGCGAGCCCUAUACUCUGGGAUUGUUUGAUACUGCAGGUCAGGAAGACUACGACAGGUUACGACCUCUGAGUUAUCCCCAGACAGAUGUCUUCCUUGUGUGUUUCUCCGUUGUGUCCCCCUCGUCAUUUGAAAAUGUUAAAGAAAAGUGGGUUCCGGAAAUCACCCACCAUUGUCCAAAGACCCCUUUCCUGUUAGUUGGCACCCAGAUCGACUUGCGAGAUGACCCCUCCACAAUAGAGAAGCUGGCGAAGAACAAGCAGAAACCUAUUACUCCAGAGACGGCGGAGAAGCUGGCAAGAGACCUCAAGGCUGUGAAAUACGUGGAGUGCUCAGCCCUUACACAGCGAGGGCUGAAGAAUGUAUUUGAUGAAGCUAUCCUUGCUGCCCUCGAGCCACCAGAGAUGCAAAGCCAAAGGAAAUGCUGUAUUUUUUAAAUAAGUGUGUUGCUGAUGCUGCUCAUUGUUACAUAUCUUUUUUUUUUUUUACAUGAACAAAGCUUUAACAUUUUUUUGUCAUAGUAUUUAACAAAUAGUGGUAACAUGAUGCCAAUAUCACAUUGUUUCAUUUAGUAAGCAAAAUCAGCCUGUAUUGAGAAUGGUCUCAUUUGUUAUGAUUUUUAUGUUAAUUAUAAUACAAUUUUGAAUACAGUUUGAUUCAGUUUUUUUCUGCAAAGAGAUACUGAAUCCCUGGUACCGGUUUCCAGGAAGGGCACCUUCAGGGAGUAUUACAUUGUCCUAUACAGUACCUGAGGAAGGCAGAAACAAUGACAUUUUAAUAUAUAUCACAUGUUAUUUACUUUUAAGGAUAACAAUGACACAUAUGCAGUCCUGCAUUAUGUUGAUUUUGCAAGUGAUGUAUUUUAAGGAAGAGGUCAUAAAAUUAUGUUAUCAUUUUGUUAUGUUUUGUUCAAGCACAUGGUGGAGAAAAAAAAGGAAAAGUAGUUCAGUAUAGGUGGUAUUCAUACAUAGACAUUAAUAAAUUGUUGACCUCGGCUCUUAAUUGUUGAAAAUAUGAGGCGCAUGCAAAUUAUUCCAAUAUAAAGAAUAUUAUAAAAAUGAAUAAAGCAUAUGUGAGCUACAUUUUCUCCGGCGGCUCCCAUCUUUUUUCCAAUGCUACUUGACUACUACUUGACAUGAUGAAGCCAUACACGAUCUCUGGUUGGAUUGCAAUUGCCUGUAGUUGACAGUGAACAUAUCAAAGCAGUAUCACAAUUGUAUCGGUAGAUAUCCAAAUUCAGGUAUCAGGAUCGGAUUGGAGGUGGGAAAAACUGUGGAUCACUAUGUCUCUAGUUGACUGGUCCGGACUGCAGCACUGUGCAGUGAAACCACAAUGGAGGAUUGUUGUCGCCAAAGUCAAUUUUUGAUUGGUUGCUCACAUGAAACAUGACACACGACACAGGACAUAUGCACUAUUUUUUUUCUUUCUUCUGUCAAACCUUGAUUUUGUCUGUGCACUUGACUCCCUAUUCACGUCAAAAUGUAUUCAAGGAAGAACGCUUACAGUUGUCCCUCGCCUAUUAGCGGUUUAAAUUUUAUGGCUUCACUCCAUAAUUUAGAAUGAAGCCUAUAUUUUAUUUACAUGAACCAAUCAUUUAAAUUAAAUUAACAAAUGACUAAAUAAAAAAAAAUGGCAAAAAUAACUCAUACAAAUAUAUAAGGCAUUCAGAAGACUCUGAAUGAUAUGUAGUAUUCAACACUGGUCACAAAGUACCAGUCAUGUUACUGCAAUGUAACACCAAGUGCUUGAUUGUGGCAAUGACAGGCUUUCAUUGCAGGUUUUAAUUAUCUCACAACAGGCUCAAUAAUCCCUAAUAAAAACACAGGCCAUUGUUGGUGACCGUAACCCACGCCAAGCUAAAACUCAACUCUGAAUCCCCAACAUCACUUCCUGUCCACCCACCACUCUGCCCCCCAAACAAGCAAUCAACUGUAUUUGGCAAAAUUAGUCUCAAGGUGACUAUAGGGGUGCUAGUUUGUUUUUAGAGGGCUCUAAUGUUAAAAACUAUGUUUAGAAGGCCAUAACAGGUUUUCUGUGGUCUGGCUACAAAGAUAUUAAAACAUAUACUGAGGGGAAAUUGACUUAUCACAUUCGGGUCCGGAACCAAUUAACCGCCAUACACGAGGGAUUACUGUAGCACUCUGGAUCAAUAAGUCAGAAUUGAUCCUACUCUUUUUUUUUUUUUGUUUUGUUUUUUUUUUUGUAUGUUUUGUUUUCUUUGUUUGUUCUGUAAUGUGUUGUCACUUCUGGUUUCACUGACGCUUUCUAUUUUUUUCUGAUCAGCUGCACACCCAUCCAAAAAUACCAUGCUAUUUUCACCCUGACUUAAUUUACUUUUGUUUGACCUCCGCAUGUUUGCACUUCCCCCUUAUUUAGCCUGUGUGUU